UUUUCCCCAAAGAAGUGACAAAGAUUUACUACAACUGGUGGAAUCCUCACGGACAAUGGAUGAAGCCAUAGCAGCUUGUUUGAAGAUUGGUAACGAAGCUGUCUCAUGUAAAAGGAAACUAACAGAUUCUCCCCCAAACGGCAAAGACCAGAACGAGCAUGUUGGAAAAAAGCCAAGGACUAAUUAUUUGGAUGAAUCAGACCCCCAAAGACAAUGGGAGAGGCAAGAGACGCUGGUGAAGAAGCUUCAAAGUACAUUCCCUGGAUUGGAUAAGGAGGAACUGAGAGAUGUACUUCAGGAGCAUAACUGGGUGUUUCAUGAAGCCCUGGAGGCCCUGACAGUAUUUGCAGAAGAUGGUGAGGGCAUGGAAUUUCCUCCCAAAAGUAAAGCUUCUGACUGGACUGAAGCUUCCACCAAGAGCAGAAUCGACAAGGGGAAAGAGAAUCCGAAGCAGCAAUCUCCCAGGAAAGGGCAGAAUGGCUUUCAGAAAAAGGACAAAGUCAAAAGGAGCUUUUGGAGUACUAAAAGAGAAGCAGAAGACUCGGAGGAGGAGGCAGCCUCUGAAGGUGGUAGCUCCCUGGAUGAGGACUACGGCAGUGGCGAUGAAGUGAUGGAGGAUGGUUACAAAGCCAAAAUCCUCAGCUUCCUGCAGGAUGCUUCCCUGAGUGAACUGGCUUUGAUUCCCCAGUGUUCUCAGAAAAAGGCUCAGAAGAUAAUAGCGCUCCGGCCCUUUAACAGCUGGGAGGCUCUGUUUACAAAAAUGACUAAGACUACUGGUUUGUCAGAAGACAUAGUGUGGAACUGCAAGAUACUGCUGAAGGAGAGGGAUGUGGUUCUAAAGCUGAUGAAUAAAUGUGAAGAAAUUUCAAAUAAACUGACAAAGCAAGUCACCAAGAUUACUGCAGAUGGAGGAUGUGAAUGGAACAUAGAGCAGCCCUCCAUUCUGAAUCAGAGUUUGGAACUCAAGCCAUAUCAGAAGAUAGGUUUGAACUGGUUGGCACUCCUCCAUAAACAUGGAUUGAAUGGCAUAUUGGCUGAUGAAAUGGGCUUAGGAAAAACAAUUCAAGCUAUUGCAUUUUUAUCUUAUCUCUACCAAGAGGGAAAUAAAGGUCCCCAUUUGGUAGUUGUGCCAGCUUCAACAUUAGAUAACUGGAUAAGAGAAGUUCACUUGUGGUGUCCUGACCUGAAUGUCCUUUUUUACUAUGGAUCCCAAGAAGAGAGAAAACAUCUCCGAGUGGACAUUAGUAAUAAGGUUGUUGAUUUCAAUGUGAUCAUCACGACGUACAACAGUGCCAUUAGCAGCUCAGAGGACCGGGGGCUGUUUCGCAGGCUGAAGCUUGACUAUGCAAUUUUUGAUGAGGGUCACAUGCUGAAGAACAUGAGCUCUGUACGCUACCAGCACCUCAUGACAAUUAAUGCCAAGAACCGCUUGCUGCUGACGGGGACUCCAGUGCAGAACAACCUGCUGGAGUUGAUGUCCCUCUUGAAUUUUGUCAUGCCACACAUGUUCAGCAGCAGCACCAGUGAAAUCCGAAGGAUGUUCUCCUCAAAGACAAAGAGCGCUGAAGAACAGAGCAUAUAUGAAAAGCAGAGGAUUGCACAUGCAAAGCAGAUAAUCAAGCCAUUCAUCUUAAGAAGAGUGAAGGAUGAGGUCCUUAAACAGCUACCUGCCAAAAAAGAUCUCAUUGAGGUCUGUGACAUGUCAGAGAAACAGGAGCACCUCUACUGUGACCUCUUAAACAAGCUCAAGAAGACUAUUGAUGAUCUUGUUGCUUUGUUUGCAGAGAAAAAUUCUGACAUGGGCAAUGUAAUGAUGCAGCUGAGGAAAAUGGCCAAUCACCCUCUCUUGCAUCGCCAGUAUUACACAGAUGAGAAGCUUAGGACAAUGUCCAAGCUGAUGCUCAAGGAGCCCACACACACUGAUGCUAACCCUGACCUUAUCUUUGAGGACAUGUCAGUCAUGACAGAUUUUGAGCUGCACUUACUCUGUAAGCAGUAUUCUCACAUCGCUGACUUCAAGUUAGAAGUGGACCAGAUCUUGGAUUCUGGGAAGUUCAGAGCACUGGAACGCAUCCUCUCUGACCUCAAAGACAAGGGGGACAGAGUGGUCUUGUUUAGUCAGUUUACUAUGAUGCUGGAUGUCUUGGAAGUAUUCCUAAAACACUGGCAGCACAGAUACCUUAGGCUGGAUGGAAAAACACAGAUUUCUGAUAGGAUACAUCUAAUAGAUGAGUUCAACACAGAUAUGGAUAUAUUUGUUUUCCUCCUUUCAACCAAAGCUGGUGGCUUGGGAAUUAAUCUGACUUCAGCCAAUGUUGUCAUUCUUCAUGACAUCGAUUGCAACCCCUACAAUGACAAGCAAGCAGAAGACCGAUGCCACAGAGUAGGUCAGAAAAGAGAAGUGAAAGUCAUAAAGCUAAUCAGUAAGGGCACUAUUGAAGAAUCCAUGCUCAAAAUCAGCCAGCAGAAACUGAAGUUAGAACAAGACAUGACUGCUGCAGAUUCAGGAGAAGGAGGAAAUAUUCCAGCAGAUAUAGCCACGCUAUUAAAAGCAUCCUUAGGCCUCUAAAAUGUAAAUAAGUAGGCUGUGGAACUGGAGGAAGAGCUGUGAUGUUGGACCCCAAGGACUCUGACACCCUGGGGGUUUCAUGAACAGUUUUUUUAAAAACCUUUUUCUAAUUCCUUUCUUUUAUUCCUCAUGGAAUUGGAAAAAAAUAUUUC